CAUUCCGUAUGGAACAGUAAGGGAAUUAGCUGUCCUGUUCGCGCGCAAUAAGCCAGUGGUUCCGGGAACGCGCGCGGAUUGUCCACCAUCUCAGACCCUCCGAAUGUACAAUGUCUUAUCAGUGAUCUCCCUAAAGAAGAACUGUUCCACCUCGAACACUGGGGCUGACACUGAGUGACAUCACUGAUAACUCGAUGAUUUAAUCAGCUUCUCACGACAGAGAGCAUCAGUGCUGAACACAACAAAAAGGGAUGAAACGGAAAAGGGUGUAUAUCCUUCACCACAGCAAUGAGUGAGUCAUCGUCCUUUCACUCAGCGACACUUGUUACGUUGGCCCGAUCUCUGUCGGGGUUAGGACUUGAUGCUGCCAAUGGAGGACCUGUCAUCCUUCCCGACAGUGAUGAACCUCCGCCACCGGAGUCUGGCAUCGAAAUAGGACCUGGACUGUUUUUUACUGAUGGAAAGAGAAAAGUGGACUAUGUUCUUUGCUACAAAUACAAAAAAAGACGGGCAUCUAAAGCCUGCAUCUCCCUUGCUUCCAAUGGGAGUAUGUCAUUGGCAAACCGAACGGAGGCAGAGGCCGAGUCAGGGGAGGCAGGUGCAGCUGCAGGAGAUGGAGAGGAGUCAAAGCUGUCUGAGGAGGAGAAGGCCUCGAUGAGGGAGGAGUUUGAAGCCGGGCUGCUAGAAGCUGGAUUAGAGAUUGAGCGUGACAAAGAGAAGUCAAAUGGCAUAGGGUUUAUUCGGCUGCACAUCCCAUGGUCAAUACUUAGUUGGGAAGCAGAGCUGCAGAAGAUCAAAGUUCCUGUCAAAAAGAAAUGCGAAUUGCGGAAACGAACGGGCGUUGCUGGAAUGUGGGAUUCCGUUGUCACCAACCUCAACAAACCUUUUCACCCCGACGUCCCUGACAACGAUAUCCACAAAGACUCACAGUCACGCGUCCACUUCAAAACCCUUAAGCACCCUUUUAUCAGAGACAAACUCCACCUAUAUGACAUCAAGUCAACAGCAACUCUAUUUGACAAUGCAACACGGAGCAGAAUAGUUGCAGAAAUUAUUGCACGCGUUACCUGCACACGUACUUGCCAAACUACUGGCAUCAGCUCAUUACUGGCACGGGGAGUUUAUGACUCUGCCUUCUCUCUGCAUGAUGGGUCAUUCACAAGGAGAGGACGGAGAGAUCAGCGAAAUGACAGACAGCUCCUCCAUGAAGAAUGGGCAAACUACGGAGUCAUGUUCAAAUUUCAGCCCGUUGACCUAAUCAGGAAGUACUUUGGAGAACAGAUUGGGUUGUAUUUUGCCUGGCUGGGUGUUUAUACUCAGCUCCUCAUCCCUCCAUCUGUACUGGGCAUCAUUGUCUUCCUGUACGGCAUAUUUACUGUAGAUACCAAUGUGCCAAGUCAGGAGACAUGUGAUGACAACCUGAACAUCACAAUGUGUCCACUGUGUGAUGCAGUGUGUGACUAUUGGCAUUUGAGUACGGUGUGCUCACUGGCUCGAGCUUCAUACCUGUUUGACAAUGGAGCUACUGUCCUCUUUGCCAUUUUCAUGUCACUGUGGGCUGCUUGCUUCCUUGAGCACUGGAAGAGACGACAGAUGUGUCUGAAACAUAGCUGGGACCUGACAAGCUUGGAGGAUGAGGAGGAGCGAGUCCAGGAUGAACUGAGGCCUGAAUAUGAAGAAGCACUUCAGGAGAAAAAAGCUAAGGCGAAAGCAAAGGCUAAAAAGAGGCUGACUCAAGCUGGAGAUGGUGUAGAUGGAGAAACAGACCAGAUGCUGGGCUCCCAGCAAGAGCCAGAGUCACUGGACAUUGAGGAUCACCUGUCAGGUUAUAUCAUCAAUGUGUCCACAUUGCUGCUGCUGAUCUUCGUUACCUUCUCAGCGGUGUUUGGGGUGGUAGUUUAUCGUAUCUGCAUGUUAAGUGUGUGGUCCAUGAACCCUGAUCCAGAAGCCAAAGCUAGUGUGAGGAUGACGGUCACCACUACGGGAAUCAUCCUCAACAUGCUGGUCGUUCUGGUGUUGGAGGAGGUCUAUGGAGCGAUCGCUGUGUGGCUGACUGAGCUUGAACUUCCUAAGACAGAAGAAGAGUUUGAAGAGAGGCUAAUCUUCAAGUCGUUCUUCCUUAAAUCCAUGAACGCCUUUGCACCAAUUUUCUAUGUUGCCUUCUUCAAGGGCAGAUUUGUUGGGCGGCCUGGGGACUAUGUCUAUGUCUUUGGAGACUAUCGCAUGGAGGAGUGUGCUCCUCCAGGCUGCCUCAUUGAAUUGUGCAUCCAGCUCAGCAUGAUUAUGCUCGGAAAGCAGCUCAUUCAAAACAAUGUGUUUGAGGUUCUCAUCCCUAAACUGAAGAAAAUGUACAGAACAAUUCAGGAACAAAAAGGAAAGAAAAGAGCAGCAGAGGAUGAGGACAACGCAGCAGAAGAAAAGCGACCAAAACAACAGUUUGACAAAGAUUUUGCUCUUGAACCGUUCGAAGGAGUCAGCUCAGAGUACAUGGAAAUGAUAAUCCAGUACGGAUUUGUGUCGCUGUUUGUGGCUUCCUUCCCACUUGCACCUGCAUUUGCUCUACUCAACAAUGUCAUUGAGAUCCGCCUCGAUGCUGCAAAAUUUGUCACUGAGGUCCGGCGUCCUGAUGCCGUGAGGUGUAAAGAUAUAGGGAUUUGGUACAACAUUCUCUGUGGAAUCAGCAAGUUUUCUGUCAUUACCAAUGCAUUCGUCAUCUCCUUCACAUCAGAAUUCGUUCCGCGAAUGGUUUACCAGUACAUGUACAGUGCAAAUGGCACCAUGAACGGCUACACAGAGCAUUCGUUGUCUUACUUCAAUGUCAGCAACUUCCCUCUUGGCACGGGACCAAACACCACGCUCAUCAAAGGAGUGACCAUGUGCAGGUAUAAGGACUACAGAGAUCCACCAUGGGGACCAGAUGCUUACACCUUCUCCAAACAGUACUGGUCUGUCCUGGCUGCGAAACUGGCCUUUGUAAUAUUUUUCCAGAACCUUGCCAUGUUCCUCAGUAUGCUGGUUGCAUGGAUGAUCCCAGAUGUGCCACGAUCCCUCCGGGAACAGCUGAAAAAAGAGAACAUGGCUUUGAUGGAGUUUUUGCUUAAUCAAGAUCAAGAAGCAUGUGCCAAAACUCACUCCCCAAAACGGUCAAUCUCCUGCUUCCCAACCGACAUAGACAUUGUGGUGGAGGCCCCAUCAGAAGAGGAAGAGGUGCACCAAGUGGAGGAGGAGGAGGAAGAAGUGAGGGUUGAAAUUAAUCUGAAUGAGCCGAGAGGGAUUGAUGACAGCGAUCCAGAGGUUGAGAAGUCAGUCAAAGAAGUUGAAGAUGAUGUGGAAAAAGAGCGAGGAGAUGAAGGAGGGGAUGAAAGUGGAGAGUCUGAAGACAAGGAAAAGGGAAAGGAUGGAGAGAUAGAGGAAAAAGAUGGAAGAGGGGACAAUGAGGAGGAGGAAGGAAAAGAAAAAGAGGGAAAAGGAAAAGAAAAAGAAGAUGAAAAUGAAUGUGACGCAAAGACAGCUGAAGAGGAGAAUUUUACUGUAGAUCUGGACUCUUUCAUGAGUGAGAUCGGCAUGUUAGAUGAAGAGCCCUUGUCAAGCAAACCUGAGCUUCUCCGCUCAGACUCCAAGAAAGACAAGGAAACUCCAUCACAUCCAUCAUCUCACCGGGGCUCAUUGCAGAGCCUGAAGAGUUCUAGAACAGAAAUCACAACAUCAGACGUUGAAACAAGGAUCUUUUCAUUAAUUGCUCCUCCUCCCAAAGACCCAGGAUCAAGGGUGAAGUCCCGCUGUUCCACCCUGCCUUCCCGCCACAAAGGGGCUGAGGCUUGUUACAGCCUGCCACGGCCCAGCCACUCCACCAGCCUCACACGGUUCCAGCAGCAGGCCGCUCUCAUUCCCCUUGUUCCCCUGGCCUUUACCCCAUCUGCAUCACCUAAUCCAUUCUCUCCCCCACACACAUCUGUGUCACCAUCAUCUUCACAGCCACCAUUGGCCCAACAGCCCCAAGCCUCAAGUGAACUUUUUGUGCUAAAAGGCCCUCCUCCUCAGCUGCCGCGCUCCAGGGGCAAAGCCCGGUGCUCCACCCUGCCUCCACGACAAAGAGCACCUGAUCCAGAGGAGCCCUCUACAAAGCCUAGCCAUUCUACCAGCUUUACAAAGCUCGGAGACCGCAUCCCACCUUCACCCAGUGAACUGAAACGUAACAACACACCAGUAUGAGGAGGGCUGCAGGGCAAGAGGGAGAGGCAGAGGGUUGGGGGAGGACUAUAAAGAUUAGCCUCUCUUGUUUGUGCCUGGGGCUUCAUCCCUCCUGUCCUCCUUAUCUGCAUAUACGUGGUCUAAAAAGAGACCAUCCAGAUCAAAUGGACAUCCUUUGUAAUCAUCACACUUACACACCUAUUUAUACCAAUAUUUAUACUACUUAGUGUUGGAGGCUGGACAGUUCAGAAAAAGACUGACUCUGAAACUCUUUGCCAUGAACAGUGAAGAAAACACUUUGAUUAUUUUUACUUCAUUUCUGUUUUUGAGAGGCUUUGUUCUUUUUGUGUGUUGGUUUGUUUUCUUUUUUUCCCACAGCCAGAUCUCAAUAGCCACUGCUCUUCUGUUAUUUAUUUAUUUAUUUAUUUUUUUAAACAUUAUUGUUCUUAUACAUGCAGCAGUGCUGCCAUGUAGACAAGAGGAAAGUGAUAACAUCACAGCUAGAAUGAACAGUUAUGCUUGUAGUUUGAUUGUUUAUUUUUAGAGGUUUUGAUAUAUAUAAAAUUUAAAAUUCCAAUAAAACAACCACAUAUU